CACCUAACACACACACACACACGAGCGGUGAGAGAGAGCGAAUCCAACAUGGCUGAAGCGGAGGAAAGCGAGCUAACUUCUGGAGGAAUUUUCCAGGAGAUUUUCACGUCUCCUCUGAACCUGACGCUGCUGAGCCUCUGCUUGUUCCUCCUCUACAAAAUCUUCCGCGGGGACAAACAGCCGGACCUCGGCGAGGUGGAGCCACAGCUGCCCAAACUGAAAAAGAGAGAUUUUACCCUCGCAGAUUUGAGUCCCUACGAUGGACUGCAAGAUCCGAGGAUCCUCAUGGGUGUCAACGGGAAAGUGUUCGACGUGACCCGGGGAAAGAAGUUCUACGGACCAGAGGGGCCGUACGGAGUGUUUGCAGGCAAAGACGCGUCCAGAGGUUUGGCCACGUUCUGCCUGGAUAAGGAGGCUCUGAAGAACGAACAUGACGACCUGUCCGACCUGAACGCCAUGCAGCAGGAGAGCCUGUCUGAGUGGGAGUCUCAGUUCACCUUUAAGUACGACUAUGUGGGCAAGCUCCUGAAGCCGGGCGAGGAGCCCACGGAGUACACCGACGACGAGGAAGGAAAGGACAAAAAGACAGACUAGAAGCUGAAACGUGACCAAGAAGGAAACACAGAUAGAUGCCUUAAUGUUUCUGUGAAGUUUCGAUGCCUCCCGUUAAAACCAUUUCAAACAUUCUCAUAUUUUUGGACCAUCAUGAUACUGGAUUUUACAAGCUGACUGAAUUGAUUAAUGUAAAUUUAAAGGGCAAUAACAAUGAUAUAAAUAUACACCACAUACUGAUGUAGAGGCGUAUAGUGCUGUUAGAGUUUAAAUCCUGUCAACUUGAUCCUCAGAUUGACUUGUUAACGGACCAAUUCCAGCAUAUAAGGAAGUGACCGAUGGUCGAACGCGCUAUCAGGAGAACUGUUUUUAAUAUCCGCAGCUCUGUUGUAAACUUUGUUCAUAUCACUGAAGUUCGUAUUGCAGGUUGUACACAUUCCUUCACAAGGGUCGGCUCAGCUCACAAUGAAAUGAAUCAUCUCAGGAAGUAGUGUGGUUUAAAGUGAAAAAAUAAAAUAACGGACUGGAGCCAGAGGACGGAUUCAAAUAGAAAUAAAAAUGCUGUAUUUUUUUUUCCAACCUUGGUGUAACUAUCAAAACUCACCCUGUGCUGAUCACAGGUCUCGCUAACUGUGCACUAGCUAUCUCUAUUAUUAGAAUCAGGGACUUUUUUUUGUCUCUUAUGAUUUUAUUCAACAUAUCAAAUUAAGUAUAUUACAAAAAUACAAAAAUAAAUGAGGCAUAAAGCAUGCAGAAAGAUUCAUAGUUGAUUGAAGGAAACAACAAGGGACAAAGAAGAAAGGAGGCAGCUUCUAUAAAAAAAAAAACAACCACCAAGGCACCCCGUGUAGGACACUAAAUUAAAGUCAAUAACACCAGUACUCUAAGUUAGAGCAAGAAGCAUGGGCCUGUUUCACUAUUUAGUACAAACGUACAUUUACCAUGAAUCAUUAGAAACCUUCGUCUGUGAGAGCCAGCUCACUUAACUGUCCAAAACAAAACGUUCUCAAAAAAUUCUUUCACUUUCUGUCGGACUCUCAGAUCAGCCUUUGUGCCGAUCCCCUCAAGUCCUUUACAGUCGUAUCCCUUUUUGUAUGUAGAGCACACGUGUUAUGAUGUAGUGCAAAAAUGAUAUUGUACAAUGAAAUAGGAGCAGGUGCUGCACAUACAGUCGACACUAAAGUAUCCCUCACACCUUUGUGGCGCUGAUAUUCAAUUUGUGUCCACCAAAACACUAAAAGAAAAUAACACCGCAAGUGGCUCUGAGCCUCUACAAUGAAAACAGCAAGAGUUAUAAUGACCAACCCUCAGGACAGAAAUAAUGAUUAUAAUAAACUCCAGUCUAACAGUUGAAACAGCUGCAGCACCGCUUACUGAACAGAGAGCAGAUGAGCUGAUGUAAAAAAAUCUUCAGAGUUGAACACUGUCUGCUCACACACAUGAACAGAUCUGUACAGAACAUUUCUACGAGUCAAAUCCCUCUGACUUCACUCACCUUUGUUUAACGUUUUUCUGCUCUUAAUACAGUAAGAUGAAGAUGACAUACAGAUGUUUGUAUCAUUUAACACCAUCCACUGUAUCUGCUUAUCUCAGCCUCCCGUCCAAUAACACACUUGAUGUUUUUAAUUAACAGGUUUUAUUCAGUUUUAUCUGAAACUUUUACGACGAAAUGACAAUCGAUGUUAUUGUACCAAGAGGCCCACAGUGGUGAGGUCGUGUGAUGUCAAGUAUCAGACAUUUGACAGUAACUUUUUAAUCAGUGAACUAUUAAAAAAAGUCAAAAUAUA